UGUAUCUUACCAUUCAGACCCUCUCCUAUUCAUCUUCCAGUCUCUCACUUCCUGGUAAGAAUAUAGUAAACAGAUAGCUGAUUAAAUCCCACAAUGGAGGGCUGCUGUGCAAUAAAACUACACUAAACUAAAUCAUUCAAAAACCACAACAAAUAAUUCCAAAUAGUCUUAAGAGUAUACAUCACAUUUAAAGUUCAUUAAAACGUGAACCACUGCUUUAAUAAAAUCUCUUGCAGGCACAUCAAGUUACAAUGUUAAAGACACAGCCAAGAUAUGUUUUUUUUACAUAUACAUAAGUAUAUCUAUGUGUUUCUAAAAAUAUUUCUUAGUUCCCUUUGCUGCUAGGUUUCUGAAAAGUGUAGUUGUUUGUCAUCACUAUUGGGCAUAGUCAGCCAGUGUCACCUUAGCAACUGGCUAUAAACAAACCUGCUUGGAAUAUGGAGCAGCAUAACACAGAUACGGUAAAAGGGAUCUGCUUUGGAACUACUCAGGACAGGAAGCAGUUCCCAUAUUACUGUGCACCAGACCGUUUGGGUAAUGAUUUGACUCCUAUAAGAGGUACCCCAAACCUUGGUCCUGGGUGUUACAACAUUGAUGAGGUUACCAGCAUACAGCAUCUUCUGGACAGGAAGCCAAUCAGUAUUAAAGGAUAUGUUUUGGGAGCCAGAACAGCACCACGCUUUCCCCCUGACAAAAAGAUGCAGACACCAGGUCCAGGAGACUAUCAGUCUUUUUGGACAAAAGAAAGCAUAGAUUCUGAAGCUUAUACCGCUUUCUCUGUCAGUGCUGCGCGCUUCCCAAACAGGAUGACAGAAGCUGCUCUUUACCCUAGCCCUGGAACAUAUAACAUUGUCUCAACUCAGAGCCGAAAGGUGUCUUGGCCUGGCAGAUUUGGUUCCCCUGACUGGUCACUGGUGCCAGCUUUGGAGAAGAGGGCAUUUAGAUCAGAGCUUGAAACUGAUAAAGAAUUUCGGAAAAAAAGAAACCGUAUGGCAUAUCUAAGCUUGUACUACAGCUAAUUGGAUCUCAGCAUGAUAAUAAGAUCUCAGCAAAGAUAAUAAAGGAUGCAAAUAAAUGCUCUGUACAUUA